GGGAGGAGACAGAAAAAAUCGAUUCAGCGGAAAGUGGGGUCAUCCCACUCACUCAAGGCAUAUAAAGAAGGCCGUCCUCACUGUCCAGCUAGUGCUUGGUGUGGCUGUGGUUUUUGAGGCUUGAGAAGCAGUCAGCGAUUGUCCACAACGAUGCAUGCGGCCCUGGGUGUCUGGAUCUUAUCAGCGGUGGUCUGUGUGGGACGAGGCCACCACCAUGUAGAUCACACUGAUGACAGCCUGUCACAGGUCACCUCUGGGAACAAAGAGUUUGCCUUCCAGCUGUACAGGAAGCUGGCGGCUCAAGCUGACAACCAGGACAAGAACAUCUUUUACUCUCCGAGUAGUGUGUCCGUCGCCUUGGCUGCUUUGUCUGUCGGAGCCCGCGGGGACACCCACCAACAGCUGUUUAGUGGUCUAGGUUAUAACACCCCCCAAAUUACACAGAAUGAUGUAAAUCAGGUCUUUAGCAAGCUCCUCAAAAGGCGAGACAAUUCAUCGGACAUCAGUGAAGGGACUGCUUUGUUCCUGGAUAACACCUUCGAGCCAAAACCUGAGUUUGUGAAGGAUUUAAAAGAAUCCUUUUACACACAGGUGUCAAAUGUUAACUUUAAGCAAACAUCGGAAAGUACUAAUACCAUCAAUAAAUAUGUAUCGGAUAAGACCAAUGGCAUGAUCGAGAAGUUUGUGGACAGCCUGGAUCCGAACACAAUCAUGUACCUCGUCAGCCACAUCUACUUCAAAGGAAAGUGGGACAUUCCUUUUGAAACCAAGCUCACAAAAGAGGACAUGUUCACUGUUAAUGAGAACACCAAGGUUCCUGUCCAGAUGAUGAACAAGGAGGAUAGUUUUGAUGUCUAUCAUGACCUGGAAAUUAACACAACCGCCCUGCGCCUUCCCUUCAACAGCUCUUAUUCCAUGCUCCUGCUGUUGCCUGAAAACAUGGCAGAGCUAGAAAAGGCAAUUUGUCCACAGCAUCUUGCUAAAUGGGCAAAUUGGAUGAAAGUCAGAGAGUAUGACAUAUUUCUUCCAAAGUUCUCUAUUAAGACUGACAACUCUCUGGAGGAAGUACUGAUUCAAAUGGGAAUGACUCACAUGUUUGAUGGUCGAGCAGAUUUGAGUGGCAUUUCAGAGGGGAAGAAGCUGGUGGUCUCCAGUGUUGUGCACCAAGCUGCCCUUGACAUUGACGAAUCCGGAGUCACUGCGGCAGCUUCCACAGGCAUUGGCUUCACCCUGAUGUCCUUCCGCAAUAUCCCUGUGCUGAAGUUCAAUCGUCCAUUCAUGCUUCUCAUCACUGAAAACGGCACAGAUGACAUUCUCUUUAUGGGCAGGAUAAUUAAUCCGAACAACUGAUGGACAACAGUCGGUGUAUCAUCAUCAUCUCCAUCAUAAUGAAGUCAUCCUGUGGUCUUAGUGAUUGAAUUCUUUUCCUGUCAAAUAAAAGCUAAGGAGAACAAAAUAUGGACUCGGAACAUGUCAACUCAUUAAAUGAUGAAAUUUGUGCAUUA